AUGGUUGUCUCCCAUACGAAUGCAGAAAACCAAAAUGAAACAAAACCAGUGGAUGAGCCAUAUCUGGUGCCAGCUGAUCCUGACCGCAUGGAUGAAAUAAAAAGCUCUGUGGAGAGCAUAUUUCCUGUGGUGUACCACACAGACUUCUACACCAAGUUAUUCUCUAAGGACACUUUCAUGCAAAUCCUCUGCACGCCCGCAGACAAUAAGAUAAUUGGUCUAUUUGCCCUGCGGCUCUCCACAGAGCAGACCGUGGACUUAGGCGGAGCUAACGUGGAUUGUGCAGAGUGCUUAGACAGCGGGAGCAAUGAUUUUAAUCUAGAUACGGUUAGAGAAAAAAAGUUUAUGUACGUUAUUCUGCUGGGAGUGGUGGAGAAGUUCAGAGGAGGCGGGUACGGAAAGAUUCUCCUCCGAGAGAUAGACUCAAUUUCGGUGGCAUACGGUAUACGCCAUAUUAUGCUCCAUGUACAGAUAUCCAACCUACGCGCAAUUGAAUUCUACUACAAAUCAGGCUUUAAACUUGUCAAACUAAUCAAUAAUUACUACAAUAAUGUAUACCCUAAAGAUGCCUUUUUAUUACGAAAGUGUUUAUAUUCACAAUAG